AUGUCGAAAAAGCACUUCAUCUCCUCCGACGCCAGCGCGCUCAUCAUCGCCUCGCUGUGCGGCGUGGCAGCCUGCCACCCGGGGCUCGUCAUCUCCGAAUCCGACAAAAUUAUCUACCGCCCGCCCACCGUCCAAAAAGUCACCCUUCUCUCCGGUGGCGGUAGCGGCCACGAGCCCGCGCACGCAGGAUAUGUAGGUGAGGGAAUGCUCGACGCCGCCGUCUGCGGCGAGGUCUUUGCGUCGCCGAACGCACGGCAGAUAACGACGGGGUUGGAGGCGGUGGCUUCCGACAAAGGGACGCUGGUCAUCGUGAAGAACUAUACUGGUGACAGGCUUAAUUUUGCGUUGGCUGUGGAGAGGGCGAGGGCCCAGGGGAGGAAGAUUGAGACUGUUACCGUCGGGGAUGAUGUGGCGGUGGGGAGGGAGAAGGGGAGUCUGGUGGGGAGACGUGGACUUGCCGGGACGGUGUUAGUGCAUAAAGUUGCGGGGGCGGCGGCAGAGAAGGGACGGGAUCUCAAAAACGUCACCGAGUUGGCGCUGCAUGUCGCCAACAAUCUUGCGACGGCGGGCGCGAGUCUGGGACACUGCACUAUCCCCGGGCGUGAAGCCGCCAAAGAAGGGAAGGAAGUCGAAGAGGUCGCUGGCCUUGAGAUCGGAACGGGAAUCCACAACGAGCCCGGGUACAAGCGUAUCAAUCCUAUCCCACCGCACCCCGUUCUCAUCGCAGAACUGCUAUCCCUCUGCCUGGACACGACCGACACCGACCGUUCCUACCUCUUGCGCAAGCCACAAGACAAAGUUGUGCUCCUGGUCAACAAUCUGGGUGGGCUGAGUAACCUCGAACUCAACGUUCUCGUAGGGGAGACUCUUUCGCAGCUGAACUCCACUUAUGGCAUCACUCCGGCGAGAGUAUUCGCCGGGGCUUAUGUAACCAGUCUGGAUAUGCCGGGGUUCAGCAUUACGCUGUUGAAUCUCCCGGUGGAGGGGGACAUCACCCCACAAACGGUGCUCGAACUCCUCGACGCGUAUACCUCCGCGGUUGGCUGGAAUGGGAGUAUCAAGUCCGCAGUCUGGACGGCCCCACCGACGGUUGUCAAAACACCCACUUCUCCCUCCAAAGCGGCGAAACACAAAAAGAAAGAUCUGCCGACUAUAACAUCGGACCCAACCCUAACGUUCCGGAUCCUUGCCUCCAUCCACUCCCAAGUCAGCUCCGCCGAGCCAUCGAUGACCCACUUCGACACGCUCGUCGGCGACGGAGACUGCGGCACGACCCUCUUCGCCGGCGCCGAGUCCCUCCUAACCGCACUGAUCAACACCUUCAACCUAGUCGAAUGCGCGCUCCAAAUCGCCACGACGAUCGAGACGUCCAUGGGCGGCACCUCGGGUGCGCUCUACGGGAUUUUCUUCUCGGCCUUCGCAACCGGGCUCAAGCUGCAAGCACAAGCCGCGAACCAAGCGCAAGCCGCGGACGAAGACCUCUCCUCGCCGCCCACCUCGCCCAUCGCCACCAGCAUGCCCGCCAUAAACGCCAUAACCUCAGCCACGGUCAGCUUUGCGGCCAUCGCCACCGCGAGCAGGCACGCGCUGGACACGCUGAUGAAAUAUACCCCCGCCCGCGUCGGCGAUCGCACGCUGAUGGACGCGCUGAUCCCGUUCGUGGAGGCGAUCCAGGCGCACCACGAUGAGGGCGCGAAGGAGGCCCUGAGACGCGGACUCGAGGCCGCAGAGAAGGGAUAUGAAGCGACCCGUAAGAUGAAGGCAAAGCUGGGACGGGCUAGUUACGUCAAUGCUGUGGCGUUUGAGGGCGAGGGCGUGCCCGAUCCGGGUGCGUUGGGGGUGGUGGCUGUGAUUAGAGGGAUUUUGGAGGGCGUGGAGAAGGAGGAGCGCGGUGGUGAGUCGGAUGAAUGA